AUGAAAAUGUUUUAUCCUUAUGUCGAGGAACAUUUGGGUUUCUCGAGAAUCACUUCCUACUUUAUUGCUACAGCAAUGAAAUAUGUUACAUUACGAAGUGAUUCUCGGAUCUCUUCUCUUCCAGAAGUGUCUCUUACCAUCUAUCACCAUCUUCCUCAAAAUUCUUCACUUUUUAAUUCGGCAUUAAAUUACAAAUAUUCGGCUGGUCGAAUAAUAUCCCUUCCACAUAUUUCUGCUAAUCUCUCGUCGACCUGUUUUGUUUUUCCGAUCGACCGAGUUAUUAUUUCAGAAAGAAUUGAAUUACAAUUUUAA